AUGGCGAAAACACAGGAGAAGAAUUCACCUUUUGAACUUAAUGUACAGACUCUCCUUUCAUCAUCAAAAUGGCUUCAGCUACAUGGGCUCAAGAGAAACAGGUUGACCCUGUCUCAGAUCUUGUCACAGAUUGGAUUUAAACACAGAGAAGAAUUUGAUUAUGGAUUGCGGAAGCCAGUAUCAUCAUGUUAUGGUGAAGGCUUGUUCCAGCAAUAUGUGGGAAAGGAUGGCAGGAUUUACAAUCUAACAGCAAGCAAAGAACAGCUUCAGCAGUUCGCUGUCGCUCUCACUCAGGCAAUUCGGUUCUUCCAACGACGAUUAGAGUGGCUGACCAGUGGGAGCAAACAGCUUUUUGGUGUAAUACAGGAACGUUGUAUAGUCAUCGUAUUAGACUUUGCCCCCAUGCCUCAGAGUCUGUUUCAGCUUUCCCUUGAUGCCCUUUGCAUGGUUCUCCAGGAACAGGCGGCACUGAUUGGGAAAAUUAAUCUUAUCAGGGCAGCUGAUGAAAUGGUUAUAUGGCAGGAGAAAGCUGUACCCAUUACUCCACAGACAAUAGGCUCAGCAAUUAAUUGGAUAAGGAAUCUUCGCCACAUGCCAACUACUAGCAAGACAAGUUCGGUGGAGGCUGUGUUACAAGCGACGAGCGAUAAUACUAUUGAAGCAGUUUACUUUUUCACUGCUGGUGAUGGUCCUGAGGUGAUGAGAGAGCUUUUGCGUCGGAAAUUGGCCAAAAGCCCAUGCCCAGUCCACAUGGUAUCAUUCAAUGCCAAGGAGGAAGGCACAAUUCAAUUCCUGAAAGAAUUGGCUCAUUUUACUGCGGGAAGAUUUCAUGCAUUUGCUCUGAUGAGUGAAUGUGAAGAAGAUGAAACAGUUUCCCCCAAUGACGUGAAAGACAGAGGCGCUGAGGCUCCAAAGACCCCAAGGAAACUGAUUGGAGGUUUGCCACCAGGGGCUGGAGUCAGAGAAGAUGUGUUCCUUGUCUGGAAUGAGAUAGAGGAGGCUAGGAGCACCUUGGCAGAAGUUCACACCCUCUUAAUGGAUGCCCCUCAGUCUGUGUUUAAUGCAGGUAUAUCAUUUAAUGGUCACACCUUCAAAAUACAUGUCAUAGACACUGGAGCAAUGCGUAUUACAACGUCUGCCCAGGCCGUGGCUCAGCCUGAAACUAGAAUUAAACUUGUGAACGCCAAGUACUGUGGCCGCUUUGCUCACACUUGGUGGAAAGAUGGCUCUGUAAUGCAUGUUUACAUAACUGCAGAGAAAUGCAAGCAGUACCGUCAGAAAAUGAAGACUGCAUUGGAUCAGUUCCAAAGGAGAAUUGACUGGCUUCAGCAGGGGAGUAGGGAGCUGUUUGGGACCAUAAUUGAGAAUCAGAUUUACAUCCUCAUUGACACCUCUCAAUCCAUGGAAGAUAAGCUGGAGUUGGUGCAAAGAAAGAUCUUUCAACUCAUGCAGGAUCAGCUUCGAAACAAGACCAAAUUCAAUUUUGUGAAGUUUGACUCCAGAGCUGAUCCCUGGCAGGAGAAGCUGGCAGAAGUAAAUGAAAAUAACCUGGAAAAGGCAUGGUCGUGGGUUAAAGGCCUCCAGGUCGGGGGUUCCACAAAUACUUUGGAAGCUAUACGACUUGCUCUUGCUGAUGGUGGCACUCAAGUUGUUUACCUCCUCACUGAUGGAAGACCUGACCAGCAUCCAAAAACCGUUAUUGCUCAGGUACAGCUCAUCUGCCUUGUCCCUAUUCAUUGCAUUGCAUUUAACUGCAAUGAUGUUGAAGCCAAUGAGUUCUUAUAUGAGUUGUCUGAGAAGACAGGUGGACGAUUCCAUUGCUAUAACAGUGAUAUGACAGUGCCUACUAACCCUCCGCCAUUUGAGAGUGAAGAUAUCUGCCUUUUGAAGAAAGAAAUGGAGAAGGGAAGAAACGAUUUGGAGAAGGUAGAAAAGCUGUAUGCUGAAUGUGUAAUGUUGGACUGGUAUCACAAUGGUGAUGAAAUGGGUCCAAAGCACGAAAUCACUACUGAUGAUCGAACGAGGAGUGACAAUACAUCCCAGCUGCAUUCUUUAAAUGCUAAUGCACUUUUGAGACCCAAAUCAGCUGUGGAUUGGACACUAGCUACACACAGAAACCACAGGGACAGGUACCACAUUUACAGCGCAGAUAGUGGCAAGAGAUCAAAUGAACUACAAAGGAAGAAAGCCCUACAUGCUGCUCAUACCAAGUCCAGCUUACUUCGGAGUUUGAGCAAUGGUGUUAAAAUUAAUGAGAAUCUAGUGGAUGAAUGGCUGCUUCCAGAAAACAAGGAACUGUUUGUGAAUAAUCACAACAAGGAAUUGAAAGUUCUGAAAGGUCUCAGUUUGCUGGAAAGCCAACCUCUGACAAAAAAAGGAAGCAGACCCGCUAAAAACUCUCUGGAUAUUUCUUCAGCUCGCUGGCUGAAGACAAAUAGCUUAAUUGCAAAGCGACUCACUAUAAUGGAUGCACUUGCACCUACUGCCGUAGCUCAAACUUACAAGUAUGUCCCAAUCUUAGACAAGUAUAUUGUGUCCAAAGUCUUUGAUGAGAUGUUACCAUUAGCUCAUGUGAGCAACAGCAAGAAGCAGAUCACACUCAUUAAUCCAUUGGGUGUGAACCUGAAACACUACAAAAAAAGACUCUUCCAUGCUAUCCAGUGCUAUGAAAAGCGCCUAAAUUUAAUUGUAUGGAAAGCAUUAUCUCAGGAAGAGCGAGAUAAGUUCAACAGUGAUAAACCAAUCUCAUUUGGAGACCAUAGAGAGGCUUUACUGCAGGCAUUGGAUAGAAUGGGUUGGCCUAUUGCCCAGGAAGAUAUUACAUUAUUGGAAGAUGAAAUCCAGACUGGUUAUACAUAUAAACAACAGGCCUCAGAUCUCCAGAAGGCUGCUGAAGAAACGGAGUCGGAAUACAUGCAUCAUGUUCCCAGGGACCAUAGUCACAGCGUACAGAAAGCCACAAAUCAGGCCGGAAGAAGAUUGGACACUCUCAGAGGUCAGAGGGUAAUUGCAAGGUCAGAAGUUGAUGGUUUUUAUUACCCAGGAAUUGUGACUAAGUGUGCUAGUGCAAAGAAAGCCAUAAUUGUUUUCGCUAAAGGAGACACCCAGAUUACACCAACUAGAUUUUUGAUUUGUGUUGGAGGAGCUUCAUCCUGUCCUUCAUUGAAAGUGGGAGACUUUGUUUUGGUUCGUAGUGAUGCAGAGGCUGGAAAUGAUUGUUAUUUACCAGGGGUUGUCAUAGCAACCCCAAACAGAGCAGCAUCGGAUGAUAAAUUUUAUACAGUUUUGAAAUAUAAUAAUAGAAAGGAACAUUCAUUCCGUAGCGAACUGAUUAAAAUCAGCAAGACGCAAUAUACCGACAUCAGGCAUUACAUCCAAGAGGCUCAGAUGAUAGCUUGUACAACACCCAAUGUGCAGUUUGUAAAGCCUAUUCCGAAACACGUAUUACAACAAGAAGCAGACUCUUCAUCUUCGGAGGAAGAAAAAUGCAGGGCAAAGAAAAAGGAAAGUAAAAAGCAUCAUGGUAGACAAAGGGAUUCUAAAGAUAAUGAUGAUAAUGAAUGGCAAUCGGCUUCUGGAUCAGAGUUUGAACUAAAAGAGACAAGUUUCUCAGCUGAUGAAUAUAGUUAUGAUGGUACAUUGUGCUUUUGUACAGAAUCGGGAUAAGUGAUUUCUCAACAGGAUGGUGAAUGCAAUCAAAGGGAUUCUGGUGUUAGUUUUAUCAAUUGCUCACAUUGCUCUCAUUUUGGAAGAUGGCAGAACGUUCAAACUUGAAAAAGCAAAAUCAAUGUGACCUCCUCACUGAGCACACAUGACCUGUUUUUCACACUUAUGCUACUGGUGGAAGUCAUCAAAGUGCUUCUGACCUUCCUCAGGAGAUGUGAGGGGUUUGAGUGUCCUGCAGGGUGCACUGGUGGAAAAGCAAGAUAGUAGAAAUAAUGACUAAAAUGAAAGGAAAUGUAGGGCGGAAUGUUCCCCUCCCUGGUGCUGGUGAGAAAGGAAAGUAAUUGGACAUGUUCACCCUGGAGAGAUAUUUGCCACUGUAUCACCAACUCAGCAAUUCAGUGCUGUUUGAGAAGGAUCAUUGGGAUUUUCUCUAUACCGCCAGCAAUUAAGGCCUUAAGUGGUCAAUUAAGUCCCUCAACUCAGCACCUCCCUGGGUAGGGAGAAAACUGGCUGGAUUUCCUGGUGAGAAACCAGGACAACCUGCCUGCCAGGUUAAGAAUAUAGAACAUACAACAGUGCAGCACAGUACAGGCCCUUCGGCCCACAAUGUUGUGCCAACC